UCUGCUCCUCUUGCUGUAAGUUGUUCGUCUCAUUCUCUCGUCCUCUUGAGUGCCUCUGUCACACGCUGCUGUAUUAUUUACAGAGAUGACUCGCGUUACAGCAAAGGAUACCUGUCCCCUGCUCCUGCCGACACAUCGAAAACCCAACCCACUGUGUACCAGCAGCGUCUGAUCUCACACCCGCCCACUUCACAUCUCCAAACACACAAACACACACACACACCAUCCCUUGCAAAAUCCCUAGUGAGGCUGCAACCUCUCUUGGCUUCCAGUUCCCCUGCUCACCCGGUUACAGUUUGGAGUGUCUCCCACUCUUAGAGCCUGAUACUGUCGAUGCAUGGUCUAUUCCAUACAGCAGCAGACCGACUCCAGGAGAGAGCAUCCCACACAGGCAGGCACGCAGGAAUAGAAAUAGAUCCAGUGGAUCGCAGGGAGCCAGAGACUGGGCGUUUCCGAGCAUUACACUCGGGCCUUCCCCAAUUUAGUUUGAAGAAGAGAUUCGAGGAUGAUUCUCCCGGCGGCGCUGCUGCUGGUAUCUCGGUUCAGUGUUGCACGUUGUACCUCAGAGACCUGGUCCCUGUGUCCCCGAGGCUGUGAGUGCAGAGAGGGCCUCAAGUAUGUCAACUGCUCAGCUGCUUCACUGCAACAAGUCCCCCCCAGCUUCCCAACAGAUACAGAGCAGCUGGAUCUUUCUAAGAAUAACCUGACCAUUCUCCCAGCCGGCGUCUUCCAAUCGCUCUGGAGAAUCAAUAUCCUCCUCAUUGGCUCCAGCCGAGUUCAGAGAGUCCACGAUGGAGCUUUUGCCUCUCUGGAGAACCUCUGGCGACUGGAUCUCCGGCGAAACAACAUCAGGGACCUGGGUGAGGGCUUUUCCAUUGGCCUGUCCUUCCUCAAUGAGUUGAUCCUGUCAGACAACUACUUGGAGAAGUUGAAUUCACUCAUGUUCCAGUACCUGGACAAUGUGCAGAAACUCUACCUGAAUAAUAACCAGAUUUCCGAACUCUCCAGUGGGGCUUUCCGAAGUAUGACCAGGCUACGGCAGCUCCACCUUCAGAAUAACCAGCUGGCUAACCUGAGCAAUGGUGUCUUCUUCAUGCUGCAGAACCUGGAGGUGUUAAAUCUUCAGGGCAACCUGAUCAAAGAUGUCGACACCGGCGUUUUCACAUCGUUGACGAGUCUGACGCUCUUGAACCUGUCCCGAAAUGGCUUGGAGCGAAUUAAGUUCAAGACUUUCUUGGGUAUCCAGACUUGGGGCACCCACAUUUUGCUGGCCAAGAAUAAUUGGACCUGUGAUUGUGAGCUGCAGAGGGUUUUUGGUAAACUGCAUAAUGUCCAACGCCUGCUGGUGGAUGACUAUGACAACGUGAUCUGCUUGGAACCUCCCGCCCUGAGGGACUUGCCAUUGGCAUCUGUUGACACUCAAUUGUGCAUAGCAGAGACCGUCACGGUGCUGGUUAUAACAGUGACAGUCUUCAUCACUGUUGUCGCUGCUAUUGUAAUGGCUGAAAGGAAUAGGAAGAAACGAACAGGGAAACACUGGAGCGAAGAAAGUGAAGACUUUGAUUCUCAAGAUUAAUGUAUGUUAUUAAGUGGACAAGGGUAACGUUAGGUCGCACAUAUCAGUGGGUCUCAGGGUAGAUGAACCUCAUGGUGUAGCACUUAGCUAGGAAGGUGCAAUCCAUUCUCUGGACUGAGUUCAAACUGGAUGUGCUGCAGUUGACAUUGAUGUCCCCAGAAGAUGCAAGCAGAUAAAUCAACUUGCCUCGUGGUGUAUUGUGCAAAUGGAUUUGCAUGGAUGUUGUCUGGGGACAGGCUUGGAUUCAGCUGUUCCAUAGUCCCAACUCUCACUGUCUAUGCUUAUACAGGGGUGACAUGUUGGGCGACUGUUUUGUCAGUACUGUCUUCGGAAGAGGCAGGCUUGGGGCAGGAAAUUGAGGCCGGCCCCAUCAUAGACAGAAAUGACCAUCAGCUCCAUAGGAACCCUGAUCUGGCACAACAGCAGUGUAAAACAUGUUUUCAGUUACAUUUUGUAAUUUGAUAAAGACAAUGCUGGUAGUUCUAUUGACGGUAAAGGGAGAUGCAAAGCUUACUGCACUUAGAACUUAUCGUGUCAGAAAUUAGAUUUGGUUUUUUCCUAAUUAAAAAAAAAGCAAUAGUUCAGGAGCGUUUCUGAGAAUGGGACACUCUCUGAUUAAGGCAAGUUGAUGAUGUCUCCCGGUCUUUGGGUGGAGAGAGGAGUUCUACACUGGCGCUCAGAAGGAGCAGAUGCAUUCUCCACAGCUCCUGAGAGUCCUCAGUAAUUAUUUCUGAAUAAUUAUGCAAGUUGUAAAUAUUGCUAUCAUUCAA